GGAUCGGGACAGUACGGCACGCUAGAACGCAUUUCUCAGAACGUAACGAACGGCAAGGUCCAGGAACACGGACGGUUAAGCUGGCACACCCAAGCCUUUGGCGAAAAGAUUUCCGCUAAUUUGAAACAUAUUCCCUUAUUCGAACGCCUUCGACGCAAAAGAAGCGUACACACGCACACACGCUGAAAGACACAAUUUUUCUGCUAACACGCACGCCACGCUUUGUGUCAGUAGCCUUUGAAGCGAGAGUCGAAAGUCCUUCCAUUUUAUCAGCCAUCCUAGUUACCUUUGCCGGGCACAUUCAGUUGGAUUGCGAGCAAACAUGGCGACGUUUCGUGUGCAUGAGGAUGUCGAAAAGGAGAAUCGUGUGCAGGCGCCAUUGGGAAGUAAGAAAUCUGCGGCUCACCUGGGAGGCCAGAGCAUCGCCGGGAUUUCGUCCAAGAACGAGCAGUUGCCGUCAGGGACACUCCAGCAGCAGCAGCAGCGAACAAUGUUCAACGUGCUGAAAACUAUGCACACGAAUAUUUCAAAUGUGGCGCCUAAGAAUGCUAAAGCUAAACCUCAACAACGCGCUGGCGGAGCCGUACUGUUGCCGAAGGUGGGAAAGGGAGACGAAAAUGCCGGGGUGCCGAGGGCAGUAUUGCCUGCAAAAGCCAAAUCGACCAGCGUCGGCGAUACCUUCAAAGGGUUUCAGGUGUACGACGAGACAAAGGAAAACUGCAUUGCUGCCGAAUGUGUGGCGCUCAAGAAAGAAGAGCCGAUGGUCGAGAAACGAGCUCCGUUGCACGAGAUCAAACAUGCCGAGCUGCUGGAGACUCCCAUGUCGGUAGGAGAUAGCUACUCUCCUAUGUCGGUGGACAAGUCAUCCGUGAUCAUUGUCGAUGAAACUGCAAUACCGAAGAACGACAGGGAACGCUUCUACGAAGUGGAAGAGUAUCAGGAGGACAUACUUCUCUAUCUGAAGGAUGCCGAGAGACGGAACCGUCCCAAGCCGAACUAUAUGUUGAAGCAGACCGACAUUACCCAUUCCAUGCGUACCAUUCUGGUGGAUUGGCUUGUAGAGGUUUGCGAAGAAUAUAAGCUGCACCGUGAGACGCUGGCAUUGGCCGUAUCUUACAUUGAUCGAUUUCUAAGCUUCAUGUCGGUAGUUCGUGCCAAGUUGCAGUUGGUCGGGACGGCUGCCAUGUUCAUUGCAGCGAAAUACGAAGAAAUUAUGCCCCCGGAUGUAAGUGACUUUGUGUACAUCACCGACGAUACGUACACCAAAAAUCAGGUACUGCGAAUGGAGCAACUGAUUUUGAAGGUUCUUUCGUUUGACUUGACCGUGCCCACUUCGCUGGAAUUCACCAAUAUUUACUGCGUUAUGAACGAUGUGCCGGACAAGGUUAAAUAUUUGACUAUGUACCUCUGUGAACUGUCGCUGCUGGAGGCCGAUCCUUACUUGACGUAUGUUCCAUCGAAAAUCUCGGCUGGAGCCUUAGCCCUGGCACGGCGCACCCUUGACCUUCCGAUGUGGUCGAAGAUGCUUGAAAAUAACACCGGAUACAAACUGACGGCUUUGAAGGACAUCAUUUUGGAUUUGAACAAAACACACAUGGACGCGGCCUGCAUGCAACAGCAAGCAAUACAGGACAAGUACAAAGCCAUCAAGUUCAAGGAUGUUGCCUCGCUGCCGGUCACUGAAAUUACCGAAGAGUCUUUCGAUAAAACUUGUGAAACGCUUUCCAAUGCCCUAGUAACACUACCACAGCACCAGCCACUCGCAAGCGCAACCGGUGACGAAACGAACAGAAAGGAGCAAAACAGCAAUAAUGUGCGCUUCGUUUAGCAACACCUUCAAGAACAGUAUCGAGAAUCACAUUUGUUUUGUUAGCGGAAAUAUUCAAUCCUUCAAUUUGUUUCGCUCUCUACACUAACCCGCAACGUCCCGUAUGCCCCAGAACCUUCGUGCCACAACUAAAGCUGGCUUCUGAGCCAUGUUUCGGCACUUUGUAAUCAUUUAUUUGUAAUACUGUAAGGAGCUGUAUUAUUUUGCAUGUUUUUACAAUGUUUGUGAAAAUUUAUUUAUUAUCUCCUUGAUACCUUGUCCUGUCAAAAAAAAGACUUUCUAUCUCCAUUUGCUUUGCUUGGGGUUAUACAAACUCGUUAUUAACUCGGGAGAUAUUUCCUAACAAAAUAGGUUAAUCAAAUAUAUAUUUUCGCUAACCCACUGACUGAUCCUAACACUCGUUUCAACCAUUUAAUACUAUACCGUAGAUUGCGCAUCUUAAGAUAAGGAACCGUUCUGAUUACCUCUCAAGGCUUUUGACUCGAAGGCAUUUAUUAGGGUAACAUUGCGUCGCACAAAAGCCGGCAUCGACGUAGGCUAAAUUGCCGGGCACACCAUACUUUACAAAGCCGAAAUUGACAAUUAUUUUAAACCCAGAAGGCGACCAGACCAGAGCAGUUUCGUGGAAAUUGACAAUAAAUCGUGAGUAGCACAGGAAAACACAUUUAACACGCGGGACGAAACGAAAGGAAUCUUUUUAUAAUAGGAAAAUUACCCUUUUUUGUUACUCUUUGUAUAUGAAAAUAAACAAACAAUC